UACUGGAAGGAAGGGCGGUGUUCAGAGUGGCAGAGAAAUGGCUGAAGAGGGAGGCGUCACUGUUUGUGUGCGGGUGAGACCGCUUAUUGCCAGGGAAAAUGAAGUCCUUGAUGACAAAGUGCAACUGGCAUGGAAAAGUGAAGAGAGCACUGUGUCUCAAACAGAUGGCACCAAGUCUUUUACAUUUGAUCGAGUGUUCCAUUCAGAAGACAGUACCGCAGAAGUCUAUCAGGGAGUGGCUGCUCCAAUUAUAAAGUCAGCUGUCCAGGGAUACAAUGGAACUAUUUUUGCUUAUGGCCAAACAGCAUCCGGUAAGACCUACACAAUUUUGGGUACACCCAAUUGUCCUGGCAUCCUACCAAUGGCAAUUAAUGAUGUCUUCAAUACAAUCUGCAGAAUUCCCAAUCGAGAAUUCCUACUCCGUAUAUCAUAUAUGGAGAUUCACAAUGAAACAGUUCAAGACCUGCUUUGCAGUAACAUCAAGAAAAAGAGGCCUUUAGUUGUCCGUGAAGACAUCAAUAGGAACAUUUUUGUAGAAGACCUGAUUGAAGAAGUUGUGAUUUCUCCCGAGCAAGUACUGAGCUGGUUACAGAAAGGCGAAAAAAACAGACACUACGGGGAGACUAAAAUGAAUGAUAGAAGCAGUCGCUCUCAUACAAUUUUUAGAAUGAUCAUUGAGAGUAAAGAAAAAGAUACUGCCAGCUCAAGCUAUGAAGGAGCUGUCAUGGUCUCCCAUUUGAAUUUAGUGGAUCUUGCAGGUAGUGAGAGAGCAAGCCAGACAGGCACUGAAGGGAUUCGAUUUAAGGAAGGUUGCAAUAUAAACCGGAGCCUUUUCAUCUUGGGUCAAGUCAUCAAGAAACUUUGUGAUGAUCAAUCUGGUGGCUUCAUUAACUACAGGGACAGCAAACUGACUCGUAUUCUGCAGAGUUCACUGGGUGGAAAUGCUAAAACUGUUAUCAUCUGCACAAUUACUCCUGCAUCCCUGGAAGAAACUCUUAGCACGCUUCAGUUUGCUAGUACAGCUAAAAAUAUGAAAAACACUCCUAAAGUUAAUGAAGUUCUAGAUGAUGAGGCCCUUCUGAAGAGGUAUCGUAAAGAAAUAGAAAACUUGAAACGCCGCCUGGAAGAAGUCUCAACCCACUCUCACACCAAAGACGAACUUGCUCAGUUGCUGGAGGAGAAGGACUCGCUUCAAAAGCAGCAGGAGGACAGGAUCAGAGCCCUGACAGAGAUGCUUGUGACAGCGUCUUCUUUUUCACAAGAGCUAGAGGCAAAAGCUAAAAGGAAGAGGAGAGUAACAUGGGCUCCAGGAGCAAUAAGCAAAGAAGCAGGGGUGUGCUUCUUAGAAGACCUCCCUAGUAGAGAAAAACGGAGUAAAUUUUCAUUGCCUGCUCUCUCAGAGAUGGAAGAAUCCAUGUCUUCAGUGUUAUCAGAAGGUGACAAUCUAAGGAUUGCAGCAGCCAGUGUGGUUCAGCCCAAAGAAGAGUGGAUUCCAGCUUCUGAAAUCAAUUUUACUGCGGGAGACUUAGUGGAGUCUGACCAGCUUUGUGAAACCAUUCUAGAAGAGAGGGAUAAUGCUGUCUUUGAACAGAAGGUUAUGAAGAGAAAACUCAAAAAUUUGGAGAUGGAGAAUGAUCAGCUGCGAUAUGAGCUUAGGGAACUGAAGGAAAAACAGUCAAAUGAGGAGUUUGAAGCUCUUGAAAAUGAGACUGCAAAAGAACAUGAGAUGCAACUAAUGCAUGAAAUUUCCGCCUUAGAGUCUAGAAUUCAAAAUGCAGAAGUUUACAAUCAAGAACUUCAGGAGGAAAUAAAGUCAAAAGAAUUGCAGCUGAAGGAGCAGGAGAGUAAAAUAAAAGUAUUAGAGAACAAAGUGGCUGAGCAAAGAAAUCUCAUGGCAGACUUAAAUGCUCAGAAUGAAAACGGAGACAUGUCCACCUCAAUAAUAUCAAACAAAGGGAUGGAUGAAAUGCAGCAAGUGAAACAGUCUCUCAGUGAUGCUGAAACUGUUUUACUAGAUGCUAAGAGAGAAUCUGCAUUCCUCAGGAGUGAGAACAUAUCACUAAAGGAAAAAACAGCACAGCUCUUGGAGACUAGCAGCCAAAUGGAAAAAGACUUUGAGUGUUGCAGAAGACAGUUAGAAGCUGGGAAAGUCAUGUACAAAAGAAUGCAGACUGACUUGCAGAAAGAACUUCAAUAUUACUUCCAAGAGAACGCAAAGCUGUUGUCACUUUUGGAGGAUAAAGUUCCCAAAGACCUGCUAUCCCGUAUAGAAUUGGAAAGAAAAACUGAAGAUUUGAAAAAUGAACUGAAUAAAACUCAAGAACAAAAUACUGAUUUAAGGAAAGAAGUAACCAAGCUCUCAGAGGCUGACUCAGGACAUGACCUUGAAAUCUUGCAGAAAGAGAUUCUUGAAAAAUCUGAGAUAAUUGCUUCACUGUCCUGCGAAAGAGAAGGGUUGCUUUCCCAAGUAGCUGAAAAGGACCGGCUGCUCCAGGAAGCGACUGAUGCAUUAAAAUCUGAAAAGGAUUUUGCAAAUGCUGAAGUGAUGACAGAAGAGGAUGUGGCUUUUCAAGAACUGAAGCAUCAGCAUGAUGAAUUAAGUCAAAAAUUUAUAAUUGCAUCAGAAGAGAGCAGACAGAUGAAAGGCAAAGUGGAUCUUCUAUCUGGUGAAAAUCUUGAACUGAACAAAGCUGUUAGCAAUCUAACCCAAGAACUUUCCAGCAAAAUCAAAGAAUUGCAGGAGAACAACUUGGAACAAAAGGAAUUCUUCAGCCUGAAAGUACAACUUGAGGAAGCUCACCAGAAGCUAAAUGAAAUGGAGCCGCUCAAAGACCAGUUGAAAGCUUGGGAGUCUAAGAUGGAGAUUGCAGAGACAGAGAGGCAAGCCAUUACUCGGAUACUUGACAAUAGCAAAGAGGAAAUAACAGCACUGACUCAAGAAAGAGAUGACCUGAAGCAGAAGCAGGAGGCUCUUAAGCAGGAAAGAGACCAGAUCCAGGCAGAUAUAGAGGAAACAGUAUCAAUGAACAUUGAAGUUCAGGAAGAACUGAGAAAGGCUCAUGAUUCUUUGAGGCAAUAUCAGGAUCACAUUAAAGAACUAGAAGAAACUAUUGCAGCAAGAGACAGGGAGUUGUCAGCUGUCAAAGAGUCUCUGGGAACCACCAUUGAAGAACAGAAGCAACAGCUGACUGAACAAUUAAGCUUGCAUAUAAGUGAAAAAGAAAGAUUGGCAGCUGAGCUUAGACACCAAACAGAAAGAGCGCAGCAGAUAACAAACGAGAGCUCUUUGUUUCAGGAGAAAGGAGAUAAACUUCUUCAGGACUUGCAGAGCCUUAGAGCAGAAAAUGACCAACUCCGAGAAAGCAUGCUCGAAAAUACUGCAAAGCUGUCUCUUAAGAUACAAGAGCUGCAAGAUAAAGAGAAGAAACUGGAGGAGUUGCGUGGGUUAAAACAAGAGCUUAGUGAAUCCCAGUGGGAACACAAUGGACCGGACCAACUGUAUGAAGAGUUAAAGGCGGAAAAAAUGGAGAAGCUGGAAAUGACGCAAAGACUUGGUGAUAGUGAAGCGGAGAGAGACGUCCUGACCCAGGAAAGAGAUGAUUGGAGGAAAAAGUGGGAAGCGGAGAGAGAGGCAUUCAGAGAAAUUGAGAAAGAAACCUCCUUAAUGAUGCAGAAACUACAAGAAGAGUGUCUCCAGCUUAAGCAAAGCCUUGAAUUGAAAGAGGAGCAGAGGCAAAAAGAUGAAGAAAGGCUGAAUGAAGUAGAGCGGCUGAAGGCCACAAUUGAGUCCAAAAUGGAAGCCAUGGAGAAAGAGAAAGCAGAGUUGGCUCAGAAACUUGACACUACCUUGGAAGACAUGAGAUCUGUAACUAUGGAAAAGGAGACUCUGAAAAUCACACUAGAGGGUCUUCAGGCGGAUAAGAACUGUAUGAUUCAAACUUUGCGUAAUCUGAGCGAGACUGUAGACAAGACAGUUUCAAGCAAUUUGCAAUUGCAAGAGCAACUCCAACGAGCUCACAAUGCUGUUGAAGAACAUACUAAAACAGUGGCAGAACUGAAAGCAGAAAUCAUGGAUAAAGAUUCUUGGACUUCAAAACUUCAGGAAACAUUGAAGCAAGAGACUGGGACAGAAAUGGAGAGCUUGCAAGCACAUAUCCAACAGCAAGAAGAGAAGAUUAAUAACCUGAAGAAAGUUAUUGAUGAGAAAACACAUCUGCAUCAGAAAUUGGAAUCCAAAUAUUUAGAAGAGAACGAACAGUUAAGAAAGAAAAAUGUGCAACUGCAAGAACAACUCCAAUGUGCCCACAAUACUAUUAAAGAACAUACUAAAACAGUGGCAGAACUGAAAGCAGAAAUCAUGGAUAAAGAUGCUUGGGCUUCAAAGCUUCAGGAAACCUUGAAGCAAGAGAAUGAGACAGAAAUGGAGAGCUUGCAAGCACAAAUACAACAGCAAGAAGAGAAGAUCAAUAGUAUGAAGAAAGUUAUUGAUGAGAAAACACAUCUGCAUCAGAAAUUGGAGUCCAAAUAUUUAGAAGAGACUGAACAGCUAAGAAAGAAAUUUCCUGAAACAAGUGUCCAUGAGGUGCAACAAGAUUUCAUAAAAAGCUUGGAUGCAAAAAUAUUAAGGAUAAAGGAAGUUCAAAAAACAUUUUCAUGUCUGGAAGAGAGAUCGAAGUGUCUUAAAGCAGCAUCUCUUCAAAUUCAAUGUGCAUUCAACCAUCAGAAAUCUGUGAUAUCUAAAGGACUUGCUGAUCUUUCACCUCAGCAAGCAAAAGAUGUCAAAUGGCUCCAGAUAGAACAUGAGGACAUAACAAACAGCAUUUACAGCUUGCUGAAUAAACUUCAGUUCCAUUUGACUCGCUUAUGCAGAAAGAGAGCCCAGUACUACACUAAAGUGAGUACAUACACCUCAGAGCUCCUUGAAGAGAGAAGAAAACAACUUGAGCUGUUGACGCAGAUUCAGCACCUCAAAAAAUGUUCCUUGGAUCAACCCACACCUGUGUCCCACCAGUUGAACCUACCUGAAUUGAGCCAGUACCUGGAUCUGUACACAGAGCAAAUCUUGAAAGACAUUUCGGAAAUGGAAGAAGAACUUGGUGAUAUAGAACAAAAGCUAAAGCAAUUGCAAAAUUGUGAUAAUGAAUCAAAACAGUAUUUCGAACGCUGUUCAGUUCGUUUCAACGUACAAGAUUUUGAGACAGGCAUCAAGCAAGAAAAGGAAAGAUUCAUGCCUGUUGGCCAGUUCCUGAAUCCCAAAACUCAGGCCUGCGUUCAAACUAGAUUAGAACUAGAUGCAAGAAUCACUGACUACUGCAAGGAAACAGAAGAUGCCUUCAAAGCCUGCAGAGAGCAAACCAAGGAGCUGCUUCUAGAGCUGAAUACACUUAAAGAAGAGGAAAAGCUUAGAGAAAAGCAAAAUCAUUCUUAUGAUGCAGCCCUUGCACAAAUAGAAAAAAACCAUAAACUUGAAAAGGAACUAAAGGCAGCUGAGGAAGACAGAAAGAAUCUAAAACUAAAAAUCCAAGAGCUUGAAAACCGAGGAAGUGAAGCAGAAAUUAGUCUCCAAGAGAAGGAAAAAAGAAUAGCUAUACUGCAAUCUGAACUUAAUGUGAGGACAUCCAAGAGCGAAGUGCCGAAACUUAAGGCUGCAUUAGAAGAGAAAGAAAACUACUUAAGAAGUGCCCUGAAGGAGAUGGAAACGCUUAAGACCAAGCUAAGCAAAGGUGCUGAAUUCUAUAAGGAAGAAAAUGAAGACCUCAAAACGAAACUUGUAAAUGCGGAUAUGGCAAGAACAAAGCAGUCCAGAAUCUUUGACCAGGAGUUGGCAAAUGCCAAAGCUCUCAUUGAGCAUAAAGAGCAACAGUUAAGAAAAGUAAAGGAAGAGCUCCGCAAACUGCAACAAGAUCAAGAUACAACUGUUGCAGUACUGUCAAGCAAAGACCUUCCUCAGCCACCUCAGCCAAUCACCUACGGUGGUGGAAGUGGCAUCGUUCAAAAUACUCACCUGCUUAUGCUGAAAAGUGAGCAUGCCAAGCUGGAAAAGAAACACAGUCAGCUCCAGCAAGAACAUGAAGUCGUGUUGGCAAAUAUGGUUGGCUUGAAAGAAGACGUUAAAAAAUGGAAGGAACGAGCUUUGAAGACGAGGGCACAUCUCCCAAGAGACGUUCACGAAGAGCAAAUACCGAAAUCUCCAAAGAAGGCAGCUCCUCCCUUGAAUGCAGCGCUGCCAUCUUCUCCCUCUUGGAAACAAAUUCUGAAUCCAGUUUUACCACCUAACACCCCCACUGCUGCACCUUCAGAUGGCUUCAGCUUCUUUAGUGACCCAUGCCAAGAAAAUCUAACAGACUCGAGAUCUACAACAGCAGAAUCUAUCGAACAUAAUCUUAAAUACUGGCUUGAUAAAGAUGCUGCUUCUAAUUGUAAAACCCAGUAGAAUUCGAGUUGUUUUGAGGAUUUGAAGAAGAUAACUUUUUAAACUAUUUUUGUAACUAUUAAAGAAUGUAUCUUAAAUACUCUUUUUUGUAUUUCAUAUUUUUCAAUGUUUACAUUUGCUUAUCUGUUUUGUACCUUAAUGUAACAAAUAAAGACUAUGUUUGUAUAUUUGCUUAA